GAUCUAAAAGAAAGAUGUGGUGCGAAGUACUUAGAGAUCAAAACACACCGUUUGCGCAGCCAUUGGUCCACAACAGACACGAUAGCCGUUUGGGUGGACAAAGAGAUCGACCACUUGAUAGGUGUGGCCAAAGACAAGAAGAAGAUACAGAAAAAAGUGGAAAAUAUUCGUAAAUCAUCGGUUGAAAUGAAACCUAAAAAAAGCAUUUUAAAGAAAUUAAUGAGAAGAAGAAGUAUUAGUAGUAAAGAAGUGUCCGAUUCUCUGAGCACAGGCACCGACAGUCGAAAUGAUUCAAUCGCAUCAUUGAAUACCGAAAAGUUAAAACUCAGAUUAAUGCACGAAAAGGGUGUAAAGCCUUCGUUUAAGAACAUUUGGUCCGUCGCUGACAUUCAACGACUUAGAGAUUUCGAAGAGAAAGAAAUUCUGGAGGAGAUUGUGAGAGGACUUGUCGUCUAUCAGAGAAAAGCAAACGACUAUCACUUAAAUGAAUCAAAUCAAAGCGUCAGAGACUUUCUUUUAUUACAGUCCUAUAAAGAACUCGAUGACUGUCUCAAGAGAUCCUAUUUAUUAGAAGCAAAGACUCUCAAAAAGACAUCAAAUCAAUUAAUACCAGCCAAUUAAAUAAACAAACUGUACUCGGUUGUUUUAUAAACAUUUCAAUAUCAG